AUGACUGUCUUGAAAUUUGAAAAUUCGUUUUGGACUAGUCCUAACUAUGCGCCUGGCAUUAAUGCAUUAUAUGAUAAACUAGAACAAGGCAGAGUAGAGAAUGAAGAAAUCGUGGCAUUUUUUAAGGAAAGAAUAGCCGUCGAAGAAGAAUAUGGCAAAAAACUUGUAGAACUAUCCAACAGUGAUUAUAGACCCGACGGCUUCUUGCGUGACGAUGGCGCGUCCUUAAAACGUACUUUUGAAUCGUUAAAACAGGAAUGUAAAGUUUUGGGAGAAACACAUAUAGAACUAGCCAAUAACAUGACAGAAAUGGUGCUUCAACCCAUGUUAAAAUACACCGAAGAGCAUAGCAUGCAACUAUGCGCUAGUAAAGAAAAAAUCACCAAUAAUCUUAAAGCGCAUGCUCGUAUGGAAAGCGAGGUAGAGAAAUCUCGUAUUAGUUACGUAGCGAAAUGCGAGACUGCCGAUCAAGCAGAAUUGGUGGCUGAUCGGGAAGCCAGAUUACGCGAAGCAGAAGAAAAAGGGAGAAUAAAAAGUCACAAUUCGUAUCCGGUAAUGAUAGUGAUCAUCUGUGGACAAACAUUCACCGAGGAAGAAUUAAUGAAGCUCUUAGCUCGGAUGCGAGCUAAUCUUCAACCUCGUGAGCUAAGAAUUCCGAUACUUGGUCUAUAUAAUGAUCUUUAUACGGGCGAGGAUAUUGCUAAAUGGCUGCUAAAUAAUAAUCCUGGAACGCGCACUUGGCGUGAAGCAGAAAAUUUCGGUCAAGAACUGGCCGAUCAAGGUUUUUUACGACUGAUUGGUGCAAUUGGGAAUGCAUUUAUCCCAAGUCCAUCAUCAUAUUACCAAUGUCAAAAGAAAGCAUUCAAUCUUCGAUAUUCAGAAGAGUCUUCGGUGAAUUGGGGAAGACUGGUUAAUUUUAGUGAAGAAGAACCUCCGGAAAAACGUGCACGUAAAGAGGCACAAGAAGCUGAUGAUUCUUAUAGACAUGCUGUUAGAAAAUUGGAUAAGACUCGUCUUACUCUUGAAGAGACUAUGACAGAUCACAUGAAUUUCCUGGAACGUGCAGAAGUUGCGAGAUUAAAUUCUAUAAAAACUUCUUUUUUAAAUUAUAGUGGCACCUUCAAUAGCGCUAUUGUUGCGAUUCAAUCCAUGUCUGAACGUUUAAUUAUUUAUCAAGAAGCGCUCAGGCCAGAAACCGAUCUUCAAUUCACAUUAGAACGUUAUCGAACUGGACCAUUUUGUCCCCGUGUUAUUAUUUAUACUAAUGCAUAUAAUGGAAGCGCAAAUGAUCAAACUUUUGGAGUUCCACUUGAGGAAAAGGCGAAACAUGAUUUAAAAUUUAUACCUCAAAUUGUCACGAAAUGCCUAAGCUGCAUUACUAAAGGGACAGUAGGUUGGAGUGACUCUGACAAGAGAGACUUAUGGUUAUCGCAGAGGCCGCUUUCCUUAAUACAUGCUCUUCGCGAAGAAAUCAAUGAUGGUGGAAAAAUAAAGCUCAAGAAAUUGCGCGAGUAUGAUCUUCCAGUUGUAGUAGGUGUUUUAAAGCUAUACUUUAUGGAACUACCGGAAUGCUUGCUUACGUUUGAGCUUUAUGAUGCUGUUAAAUUAUUAUAUUCGACUAAUUUAGAAGAGCAUGAAGAAGUAACGCGUCGCGCGUCAAUAGGGAAUCUAUUAAUGACCUCCUUACCCGAUGGAAACCUAUAUACUCUAGACAUUUUUAUAUCUAGUAUACAUAGUUCGAUCGAGAAUUUUGGCGCGGAUGAUCCAUUCCCGACUACGUUUUCACAGAUAUAUGGUCCCAUUCUUUUACGUCCACAAUUCAAUACUGCGUUGACUCUCUCUGAUCGACACCCACAACGAUUGCUGAAGGAUCUCAUAUUAUAUUACAACACCAUCUUCAGGCAGAAUGAACCUUGUGAUACUACUUCUAGUAUCAUGGCCGAGGUUAUGAAGCGUGGAUCAUCAAAUCGAGAUUCUACGCAAUCCAUUAAAGCUCUGCACCGAUCGAAUCGUUCUAGUAGAACUAGAGAAAGCUUCUCACGAAAUAGUAUUAGUUCUAUAAUAAUUGAAGAACAAGAGAUUACACAAGAAACAACGAUCAUUAAUCCUGUGUUUGAAGAAGAUUCAUCUGUCAAAGAGACCGAAAAUGUGCCACUAAAUACAACAGAAACACCGAAAAAAAAGGAUGAACCAGAGUUGAUAAUAUUAUCUCAUAAUCCUGAUUUAAUUGUGGAAGAAAUUCCACUAACAUCAACCAUUAGUAUCCCUGUAGACCCCAAAAUAGACGAACAAAUAAAACAACAAUCGAUCGCGAUGAAGGAACAAAUAGCUCCUCCGAUAGAAACUACACAAGAAAUCAAGGAGUCAGCAUCUUAUGCGAUAUCGUCUCCCUCAGAUUCUAAUCAUGAACAGUCAUUUAACGAGAGCCCUACUGAAUAUUAUAACCAUAAAAAAUACAACGGAUCUAAUGGCUUAAAUCAAAAUCAAAUUACUGUCAACAGUUCUGUAUCAUCAACUCGUCUUGUUGAAUCUCAUCCAAAUCCAAUUACCAAUGAUCCUCCAAUAUCACCUACUUCUCUCCGUCGAAAUUCCCGGCCAUUAGGGAAUGCUGGCGUCCGUCGUAAUAGACAUCUUCAGAUAUCCACAGAAUCACUUCCCAAAAAACAAGAUUCCUCUGUUCUCGAAAAUCCUCAAGUAACCCAGAGUCCAGAAAAUACUUUUAGUCCAAAAGCAGAUUUUAAUCCUCAGAAAAAUACUUCACGUUCAGAUAAAUUUGCUCGACCUCCUUCAAGAAGAUUCGCGCUUGACAAACAGGCAUUUGUUGAUGAUUUACAACCACUGCAAGAUAUCCACAUAAGUAGAAGAGAAUUUGAAUUUGACGAUGAGGAUUAG